AUGAAGCUAUGGUAUGAGCUGGAAAACAGGGGGUCUGUGGGGCGUGAUCAUCUCGCGCUGGAGCGCACAUUUCUUGCAUGGAUGCGCACUUCGUUGACUCUCGUCAGUAUCGGUAUUGCAAUUGCGCAAUUAUUCCGCCUGCCUGAGCUGAUUCUGGAUCGGGGUAGUUCGUCCCAGCGUCUCUUUUCAUGGGCGUCGACGCCUAUUGAAGGGACACCAUUUGCGGGCGGUAGCUUUAGGAUGCGUACAUUACAGCGUCUAGGAUCGCCAAUCGGCAUCCUGUUUGUGGGCUUUGGCAUCCUCGCCUUGCUUUGUGGCACAGUUCGCUUUUUCCACACCCAGCACAGUUUGAUUCGUGGUCGUUUCAUUCCGAGUCGCGUCGAAGUCUUUGUGCUCGCCAGUGUCACGGGAGCACUUUUGUUGGUCGCACUGGGCGUCAUGGUGUCGGUGGCUACCGGAGUCCUUUAA